UCCUCAUCUUCCUCUGGAGCGUUGUUUGCUUUGUUUUGGCUGCAUCCUGCAUGGGGAAUGAGUGCUGCACGGUGGGGUCCUCCUCCUCCUCAGAUUGGUCCUGCCUCACUUUCAGUGGGGUUUGGCCUGUGCCAGCAGAGUUUGGAUAGGACUUGGUGCAUGGGAUGUUGCUAUGGCCUCAUCUCCAGCACUGGGGUGCAGCCCUGGCUGCAGUGCCUGCACACAGGGGCAUGCUGGAUGCCGUGGAGCUUCCAUGGGGAUGGGCAGGACUCUUUUCCCUUCUCCUCUUUUCCCUUUCAGACACAGAACCUAUAAGUGUCACAUCUUUGUUCCCACUAGAGCCUGCUGGUUUCCUGCAGGUAGUGGUCAUGUGGCUGCAGCCUGGGCUGUACCCCACUCCCAUUCAGCACGGGAGGGAUGUGGGGAGCUGAGGCCUCUCUGGGGCUCUCCAUUGCCAACUCCAGGGAGCUGAGGUCUGCCCACGUUUUGGGGUGCUGGGAGUGGAGGUGGGCUGGGGCCGGAAAGGACACUCAGCCCUCCGGGAAGGGAAGAGGGCAGAGGUAAAAAUAACCCCUGGGCUGGCUCUGGUCCCUGCGGCUUCCUGCAAUUUACAGCCCUUCCCGGGGAAGGGGAGGCAGGAACCUGCCUGGAUCCGAGCUCACUUUGACCCUUUCACCGCUGACAGAAGGUGCUGGAAGGACCUCGCUUUGUCCCGUUCCUGUGGGCUUAGGCAGGACCCUGAGGAAGGGGAUUGCAGUGCCAGGCUCCUGCGGCUCUGGGCUCAGUUUGCUGCUGGCUGCUGGAGGAAACAGGAGCAGAGGAGACCAACCAGCACCCUGCACAGGCCCAGGACAGCGGCUGAGCGCAGAAGCUGAGCGCGGCUUUGGGGUCCCCAUCCCGCACGGGGUUGGCUGGCAGGCGAUGGUCCCACUCGGCAGCACCCCCCGAGCCGUCUGCGCUUCUGGCCGCGGCGUCUCCCCUCUGCGUUUGCUGAACCGGGGUCCCGAGUAUCUGCGGGAGCAGCUGGGGGGAGGCGGCGGUGGCCGCACACCCAGCGCCGUGGAGCGGCUGGAAGCAGACAAAGUGAAAUACGUCAAAUCGCAGCAGGUCAUCAACAGCCGACAGGAGCCGGCAUUGCGAGGCUGCUCGCCCUGCUGUUCGCCCCGCGGCCGGCGACUUCUCGCGCUGCAGCAGCGCCACGAGUUUUGCCACGGCUCGGAUCUGAGCUGUGAAGGCAGCCGCAAGGUGCUGCCCUGUCCUUCGUCCCCUGUGCCGCGGAGGGGAGGUGGCAGCAGGCGUCUGCUGAGACCCGACUCGCUCGUCAUUUACCGGCAGAAGCGGGACUGCCCAGUGAUCAACAAGGAGAACGCCAAGGGCUACGGGCUGGUGCGACGCCUCUUCCAGGGGCCGCUCAGGGACAAACCCCCCAGCUCUCCCCCGGCCCAAGGGUCGAAUAAAGCCUCCGAGAGCCCCAUGCUGUGGGCGUCCAUGGAACAAGCAGAAGAUGUGCAGACGCCGGGUGCCGGCAGCAGCAGCAGCAGCAUCGUCCCGGUGCCUGGCAGCCCCGUGCCGCAGCCCCCCCAAGCCUCCAGCCUGGCCCAGCCCCCCGCCUCCCCUGGCCCCAGCAAACCGGCACUCGGGCUGCGCCUGUCCCUGCCGCUUUCGGAGAAGGAGCGGUUCUUCAAUUACUGUGGGCUGGAUCGGGCCAUGGUGGAAGGGCUGGGCAAGGAACGGUUUGUGCCAGCGGGAUGGGAUGCUGCCUCAGCACGGCUCCACAGCUCCUGUGAGUGGGAGCCCAGCCUGGCGUCAGGAUGCAGCGGGGAGGACGUGGGGCCAGGUGAGGAGGAGCCGGACGCACGGCUCUGCUCCACCAUUUCGGUGGUGGAGCGCAAUGCCCGUGUCAUCAAAUGGCUCUAUGGCUGCCAGCGAGCUUGGGCAGCCGCCAAGGAAUCCACAGUCUGAAAAGAAGCACCCCAGCCAGCCGUGUGUGGCUCUAGGUGGAUGA